GUCACUCACUGUCCUCCACUGCCAGGCAUCCUGACCUUGGGAAGACACUGCGCCCCGCCCCCGCCCCACACCCAGUGUCGUUUCAUUACCAGCAAACUGCACAUAGAAAAGAUCUUGUCCGGCCAGUUUCUCCGAAAAACCGUAGGAGUCACAGCAGACACCAUCCGUUCCAAGUAGCUCGAGGCAAGAACACACUUGAAGAAGUAUUUCAGCUUCGUUUCUUGGUGGACGAGGGGGUCUCUGUGGGAAUUUGUACUUCACGGAGGGUUUUCUGUCCUGCUGUCAAAAGCUGCAUUUUUUUCCCACAGCUCCUGUGCCACCAUGAAGGGGGCCUUCCUGAACACCGUCCUCGUCCUGGCCAUCUCCGCCUGGGCUGCCUUCGCGGUGGACUUCCCUGUUCCUACGGGCGAGGGGGCGAGCCUCAGGGAGACAAAGGUCAAAUGCGCCAGCAAUAUCCAUCAGUGCUGGUUUGUCUCCUACAUCAAGCCCAGCGAGUCCAUCUGCGGCAGUGACAUGGUCACCUACAACGGCGAAUGCCACCUGUGCUUCAGAAUCCUAUAUGAAAAGCAGAGCAUAACUAAACUGCAUGAUGGACCGUGCGCAAACUCCUGAGCUUACACCGCAGAGAGGCACAGCGCCGCUGAGUCCCCGCAUGAUCAAGUGAAACGGAAUGAUUGCCUCUUAAAGUACACCCCCGGUAGAGGAGAAUGCUGGCCCCGGAGGAAGCCAACGGUCAGCGUCAAACUCACUGAUUUGCUUCAGUAAAUGAUUCUCAGCAG